UAUCCAGACAACAUCGGCGCAAAAUUCAUUUUCCGGGACACGGAGUGCGUGCGAACCGCCAAAACUAUUUAAACCUGUCCCUACUUUGCGCGUCCACUCUUCGGGAAACGCUUCGGCCCGAGUUUUCCCGAAAAUUUUCCCGAUUUUCCAGUUCGCGUCGGUUUCCGAUCGAUAUUUUUAGGUGGUACCGCGGUGAUAUGUGUCUUGGUGCCACGCUCCAUUUAUUAGCGACUUUUUAAAAGCGUUUAGUGUUAAUUUCCCGUCGAUUUUAGCAUCUCUACGACGAAUGAUCAUGUCAAUGACGAUGGUUUCUCACGUUUGCGAAGGUUUCUUAUGAUAGUAGUGGUGGUUUCGACAGUUUUUUCGAUAUCAGUGUUUUUAUUGCGGUAAAAUAUAGUGUGAAGUUCGUGUUAAGUUGAAUAGUUUCGUCAUCAUGCCGUUGGUGAAGAGGAAAAUUGAAAGAAGGAAGUCGAUGAGCAGGAAGGAGAUUUCCUUGGCGCGUUUGGAGAAUUUUAGGAGGGAUGUUAUAACUGAUGAUCAUUCAGUACCUUUAAGCGAUCUAUGCAGAAGACUUCAUACAGAUAGAGAAAAAGGCUUGACGGUGGAACAGGCUGCUACAGUCUUACAGAAAACGGGACCCAAUAUAUUAACACCAUCCCAUAAGACACCUGAGUACAUCAAAUUUAUUAAAACACUCACACACGGAUUUUCUCUGCUACUAUGGAUAGGAGCAGCCCUAUGUUUCGUGGCGUGCCUCAUCAGGAAAAUCACACAAAACGAACUGGACACAGACAAUUUAAUCCUAGGAUGUGUCCUGGUCACUGUGGUGGUGGUCACAGGCUGUUUCAUGUAUUUUCAGGAACACAAAAGUCAAAAAAUUAUGGAGUCAUUUGCGAAUAUGGUGCCUCCAAAAGCCACAGUAAUAAGAGGUGGCGAAACAAUGUCUAUUGUAUCAAGGGAAUUGGUGGUUGGUGACUUGGUAGAUAUGAAGUUUGGUGAUAGGAUACCUGCAGAUAUUAGGAUAAUACAUUCUCAAGGGUUUAAAGUAGACAAUUCAGCACUCACUGGAGAAUCUGAACCGCAACCUAGAGGAACAGAAUGCACAUGUGACAAUCUCCUAGAAACGAAGAAUUUUGCUUUUUUCUCAACCAAUGCAGUAGAAGGCACUGCCAAAGGUCUGGUAGUUGCAACAGGUGACCAGACAGUGAUGGGCAGAAUAGCUGGUCUUACAGCUCGAUUACAGCCGAACAAAACACCCAUAGCUCGAGAACUAGAACAUUUUAUGAAGAUUAUCAGUGUUUGGGCUUGUUUUCUCGGUGUAGUUUUCGGUAGUGCUGCUUUAGCCAUGAACUACUCAUGGAUUGAGGCUUCUUUGUUUUUGAUUGGUAUUAUCGUGGCCAAUGUACCAGAAGGUCUGCUAGCUACAGUCACAGUAUGCCUGUCAGUCACAGCAAAAAGAAUGGCAGCUAAAAAUUGCCUGGUCAAGAACUUGGAGGCUGUGGAGACUCUAGGUUCCACCUCCAUCAUUUGUUCUGACAAAACCGGUACUUUAACCCAAAACAAAAUGACAGUCUGUCAUUUUUGGUGCAAUAAACGGAUCACAUGCGCUGACAGUACUGCAGAACAAUCAGACGCCAAAGACUACAACAAAAUGGAAGCUUUCAAAACUUUGAUGCGUUGCGCUACUUUGUGUAACAGAGCUGAGUUUCUUCAAGGGGAAGAAGAUCAGCCUGUCCAAACCAGGAAAGUGAGAGGAGAUGCCUCGGAAGAGGCCAUUUUGAAGUUCGUCGAGUUGAGUCACAUCCAUGGGAAACCCAGCGAGUUCAGAGUCAACAACCCGAAGCUUUUGGAGAUUCCGUUUAGUUCAACAACAAAAUAUCAGAUAAGUAUUCACGCUAUGCAAGAAGGAUACUGUCUUCUGGCAAUGAAAGGCGCUCCAGAAAGGAUCUUAGCCAGGUGUUCCACAAUCUGUACUGAUACAGGAACCGAGGAAAUGACUGACGAAUUAAGAGAAAUUUGCGACAGAGCUUGUACAGAACUUGCAGAAAAAGGCGAGAGAGUACUCGGCUUUGCUGAUUUGGUACUGGACAGCGAUUUUACGAAAGAUUUUGAGUUCUGUGCCGAACCUCCGAAUUUCCCCAGGACAAACCUGCGUUUUGUUGGAUUUAUGAGCUUGAUUGACCCUCCCAGACCACAAGUUCCUGAUGCUGUAGAUCGCUGUAGAUCAGCAGGAAUACGUGUAGUAAUGGUUACAGGAGACCAUCCAAUUACAGCAAAAGCUAUAGCCAGGGAAGUAGGCAUAAUCUCCUAUGAAGAAGUUAUUGAAGCCUUCAACAUCAACAUAAUAGAAACACUUCCUCCUGAUUUGAAAGAAAAAGCGAUUGUAAUCCAUGGUACAGCUCUGAGAGACAUGAGUGACCAAGAACUGGACAUGAUACUUUACAGCUUCAAAGAGAUAGUUUUUGCUAGGACUUCCCCCACUCAGAAGCUUCACAUCGUUGAGGGGUGUCAAAGAUUGGGAGAAAUAGUUGCUGUGACGGGAGAUGGUGUUAACGAUGCCCCAGCAUUGAAAAAAGCCGAUAUAGGAAUCGCUAUGGGUAUUUCUGGGUCGGAAGUAUCCCAACAAUCAGCUGACAUGAUCCUGUUGGAUGACAAUUUCGCCUCAAUCAUAACAGGUGUCGAGGAAGGCCGCAGAAUUUUCGAUAACCUGAAGAAAUCGAUAGCCUACACCCUGGCUUCCAACGUUCCAGAAAUCCUACCCUUCUUGGGUUUCGUUUUACUCAACAUUCCACUUCCCUUAGGUGUAAUGGCAAUCCUAUGUAUAGAUUUACUAACAGACAUGCUACCAGCUAUCAGUUUAGCUUACGAGAGAGCAGAGAGCGAUAUAAUGUUACGUCCACCGAGAAACCCCAGGAAAGACAAAUUGGUAACCAGAAAAUUGUAUUUCUUGGCUUACGGGCAUAUAGGACUCAUAGAGGCUUUGGCAGGGUUCUUUGUUUAUUUUGCUAUAAUGGCUGAACACGGAUUUAUGCCUAUGAGGUUAUUUGGACUUCGUGAAAAAUGGGAUGCUGAUUCAAUUAAUGACCUUACUGAUUCGUACGGACAAGAAUGGUCUUACAAGAACAGAAAGGAAUUAGAGUAUACGUGCUACACGGCCUUUAUGAUAUCGGUUGUGGUAACACAGUGGUUAGAUUUGGUGGUUUGUAAGACAAGGAGCAACUCGAUAUUUAAGCAAGGAAUGGGCAACAUGGUUCUUAACAUAAGUUUGGUAGUCGAAACAGUAGUAGCUUGUAUGUUAACUUACCUUCCUAAUAUGAGUUAUCUGAAGUUUUAUCCUGUGCUAUUCAGAUGGUGGUGUUAUUCCUUGCCUUUUGCUCUGUUUAUUUUUGCCUUUGACGAGUUUAGAAAAUGGAGGAUAAGAAAAUAUCCACAAGGGUGGUACCGUAAAGAAACAUACUAUUAAAUCAACGCAAGUGUUUUAAAUUUUCUCGUCUUUUUCUAGUAUCUCAGUAGAAAGGCAUUUAAUUUAAGUAUGAGUGACAUUUUGUUCCAGAAUUAUAUGCAAUAUACUUUUAAGAAUAUUCAAAAAUAAUAACUUUUUGAUUUUCAAUGUGUUCAAAUUAUUAAGAUACAAGUUUAUUAGUGCUUUAGGAAAUGUGAUCCUCUUUAAGUUAUUAAAAAAUAAAUAUUUUAUGAAAUAAAA